GGCGACGGGCAUGGAGCGAGCCGGGCGCCGGCAGCAUGCAGCAGCAGCAGCAGCAGCAGCCCCGCGGCGGCGAGGAGGACUGCGGGGAUUCGGGAGCCGAGACGGGCGGGUCUGAGUACAGCCGCAUGUCCUCUACCAGCAGUGAACUUUCUGUGGAAGACAUACAGGACCCAUUCCUUGUCAGUGUACAUAUUAUCACAGACCCCGGUGAAUCCAAGACUCUUCAGCAAGCGAUCGAUAAGCUUCUGGCCUGGAUCCAUCCAGAACUCCAGCUGUUUCGAGUCUCAGAAAGACGUGUGUCCAAGAAGCACAGGAAGCCAGAUAAAGCUGGUGUUUCCCAGCCAGCCCUCGCCGUCAUUCUGUUCCUGCAGGAGGAAUAUGGAGAAGAACCCAUCUUGCAACUCCAUGAAACCUUUCAGCGGCCACCUUGGCAUUACCACCACACAGAACGAGUGCAUGGGAAGUUCCUCCCUUACAUGCCAUGCAGCCAGGACUUUUACACUUUGGCUCCAGAGACUCCUCUGUGGGCUAUUCGUCCAGUGCAUUAUGGGAAAGAAAUCAUCCGCUUCACAAUAUACUGCAGAAAUGAAAACUUUGUUGAUAUCUUGAAGUUUUAUGAGUUAAUACUGAAAAGACCAGUAUGUCAGAAAAAAGCGGACUUCUGUGUUUUUCCUAUCUAUUCUAACAUGGAAAUAGACAUCCAGUUUUCUUUAAAAAAACUCCCGAAGGGCCACGUGCCAAUGCCAACUGAGUCAGCAGUGCUGGAGUUCAGAGUGAAAGAUGUUGGACAACUUGUUCCUCUCCUGCCCAACCCUUGCAGCCCGAUCAGUGAAGGCAGGUGGCAGACUGAAGAUCAUGAUGGAAAUAGGAUCCUCUUGCAGCAAGCACGCAGUUGGUGUAGAAAGUCUGCAAAGCAGAACAAGCAACCAUAUCCAUCUGUGUCAACAGAUUCCCACUUCACCACUUUGCCAGGCUUUCAUCCUCAGAGCCACCAAUCUGUCCCUGAACAGCCAAAAGAAAUGAGUCAAAACAAGGUGCAUCAUGCAAAUGGCCUUGGUCAUUAUCUUGGUUUCUCCCAGCAGGACCUCAGACACAGUGAUCAAGAAGACUUCACACGCAGAUCCAGCAGUGCCUCCAGCAUUUUGUGGUCAUUUCAACGAAGCAAAUCUCUGUUCUGUUUGCCUACGGUGAGUUCCUCCUCAGCCUCAGAGACUGCUCAUUUCAGUGAAGCGUUUCAGUUUUUAAAUACUGAGUCACCUGCAACCAGGUUAAAAACAUGGAGAUGCAGCCCUAGGCUUAAUAUUGAUGACUUGGAGGAUGCACAGGAGACUGAUGUGGACACAGGGAGGAAGCUGUCCUUCUCAGACCUCUCUGUGGUCUCUGCAUACUCUGCCCUUAACAGAUUUUGCAAUGACUUGGAAGCCUCUCUUCCACCACAGAAGCAAACCUGCAGUACGAGUACAAAGGCUUCUACCAGUGGAAGGCCUGUAUCCACCAUGUGCGGUACCUUUGAUCCUAUGGAUGGUUCUCUGCCAUCUCUCUCUGAAUGGUCUUCCAGCUCAUUCAUGUCAGCAUCCCUCUCCAAGCAGCCCAAACAGUCUUCGAGAACAGCCUCUUGUUCCCUUGAUGAUUGUGGUAGCAUUUUCCCAGCUUCACCAACUAAUGACGAAGAAUUUUACAUCUGAGAUUUCUCUGUCUUGCACCUUCUGGAGCAAAUUUCUUCUUGUGAUGACUGGGCCCUCCUUGAGCUUACAGAAGUUUCCUCGUGGAAGAGAAGGUGAUGCAGAGGAGUAUGCUAGAUGUUUGAAGAAAGCUCCUGGAUCCCUCAAGAGAUGAAUAUCCCCAAAGUAUGUACCAUAAAGCAGUCUGAGCUGGUGCCCAGUACCUCUGCGCUGGGAGAGAUGAUCUGCACAAAGAUUUGUCCAUGCCAGUGCAAGGCAGAGGGUUUCUACGACUGACCCUUACACCAUUUUGGUGAAUAAAAUUCCAGAAAAGGUACAAAAUAAUCCAAUUCUCUUUGACACAAACUGAAGAGUAAUUUGUGACACCAAGCUGCUUUAAAUUUUCAGAGAAAUUCCCUUAACUCAGAAAGAUGGGAGUGAGUACAAAGAGAUUUUCUUUCCUGCUUGCAAGUUCCAAAGGUAGCUAUAAGGACAGCAGGUCCCAGUAGCGUGUCUCCAGUAGGCUCAGAGAAGUUUCCUGUGAGGUUGCCCAUCAUUCUGUCUAAUAUCUGAGAGUUUACACUGCUGGGAGGAAAGAAGCUCCAUUCCUUCCACAGGGAAGAGGGAGCUCACUGGAUAUCUUUUCUUUGACUGUACAGAGUAUGGAAAGUGCCAAACUGGAAAUUUUAUGUAACUUUUUCUACUCAUCUGAACAUGAAGCCCAUUCUUUCCAGCUGAGACUGUAGUCCAGCCAGUGGUAAUGUAAGCCAGUGGUAAUUCAAGUAAACAUUAUUUACUACCUCUAACUCAGAGAAUUGAGAGUUUACCUUUUUGAAAUACAAAACAAGAAAAAUAACCCAGCAUUUUUAUACCUUGCUACACCACCAAUCCAAAAUAUAUAACAACUUCAUUUUUUUAAGGGUUGUUAUUUUUCUGUAAAGAUAAUUGAUGCAAAGAUGUAUUCUUCAUAUUUCCAGAUCAAGCUUAUUUGUUCUUCUCAAAUCAGUCUGUCCAAGAAAACAAGUCAAAAUUUACUGGCUUUUCAAGUUGUGUUUUUAAAAUACACAUUCUUGAUAACCUGUUUUGCUACAAUUAAAUUGAUAUUUAAAAAAGAAUAAAUUGUACGUAAAAAGCUAUUAAUAUGGCAGCUAAGUAACUUCAGUGCAACUUUAAGCUCAAGUAUGGAAGGUUUAGAUUGGAUGUCAGGGGGAAGUCCUUUAUGGAGAGAGUGGUGAGGUGCUGGUACGGGCUGCCCGGAGAGGUUGUGGAUGCCCCGUCCCUGCAGGUGUUGAAGGCCAGGUUGGAUGGGGCCCUGGACAGCCUGGUCUAGUAUUAAAUGUGGAGGUUGGUGUCCCUGCCUGCAGUGGCUGGGUUGGAACUUGAUGAUCCUUGAGGUCCCUUGCAACCCAAGUCAUUCUGUGAUUCAUUCUGUGAUUCAUACUAAGUAAUAUUUAUAGAUUGUGUCAUGCAGAUUCUGAAAACUUACUUCUGUGCCAGAGAGAAGUGAUGCUGAUUACAGCUUUGGUCUAGCCAGUAAGAAAAUGGCUGUGUUAAAAGGUGUAUGUUAAAUGCUGCAUGAAAUCUAUACACAGGUGCAGAUGCUGAAGGCUUACCAUGAUGGCACUGAAUAAAAAUGCAUUUGUGAAGAAAAAUGUUUAUAUUGCUAGGGAGUCUCACUGUGAAGAAUUUCUGCUUUAAACAAACAAACAGAUAUAAAUUAUCACACACAUAAUCUAAAUAAUAGUUGUGAAAUUUGGAACAGAUCUCUUGUCCCAUUGUAAUUAUUUCAGUAAAUGCAGUUUGUGCAAACAGUUCUGGAAGAAAGUCUUAGGGAAACUGAAUACACAUUUGUAGGGGAGGAGGGGGAAUUUCAUUAAACUUGUGCCUCAAAUCCAGAUGAGAGCAGAGGCAUUGUCAAAGCCAGGAUAUCACUCCCCAAUAUUUUUUCUUUUUGUUGUUACUUUCUUCACACAGAGAAAGGCAUCAGGCUUAAGUGCAAGUCUCCUCUUUGUGAGAUGCAAUCUUAGUGUGUACCAGAGGUAGGCUGGUCUUCUGUGCUAAAUAUGAUGUAUAAAUAGGAAAUUCUCUUGGGGCUGAAAGAGCAUAGGAGGCUAUCAGCCUUCUCCUGUCCUCACAGCUGUUUAGGUUUGCUGCAAUUUUUGGUAAGCCAUUCUCUUAAGAAAUGCCUGAGACCAGAAGUAUUGCCAAUGAAGUAUUUGUCAUGAUAUGCAUGUGUUUCCCUGCUCUACAGGCAGAAUAUGUGUUAAACACUAUGAGGUUUUCCGGUAGCUUGGAAAUCACUCUGCAAGCAGCAAUGCCCAGGACAGACAGGCUCCACCAGUUAGAAAUUAUGAUUUUCUGUCAUAUCUGUGAUAGUACAAAGAAAAAUGAUGGACUAGAGUUCUGUAUUUGUUGGACUGCCGUUUUAUCAACACCAGCCACUUCCAGAUACAACAUAAAAUUGGUUCAAAUCUGUUAAAAUUGUAUUAUUUCUUAUUUGGAAGAGGGAGGAAAAAAAGAGAAUUACAAAAUAUUUUAAUAACACAGAUAACAUUUGAUCUGGGCAUGAAAUCAAAGUAUUCAGAGAACUGAUUUCAGCUGAUGUGUUUGUUAGAUCCUGGUAUCAGGCCAACAUCCAAGCUCUUGACAAAAGCUGAUUGGGUUAUCUAAUGCAGAGUAGGCUUUGAAAUGUCUUUCAGCUCUGCAGGAAGUUCAGCUCUGCAGGAAGGUGUUCAGCAUAUCUAGGGUCAUCUCCUGACACCUCAGGAAACGCUGGUGUUGGAAGUCUACAAGCAAAAAUAGGAGAGCUCAAGUGACAACUGUGAUGCUUAUGUGUGCUAUGAACCUGGAGCUCCUGAAUCAUCUGACCUACAGAUUUUAUCCCAUUAAUCUUAACAGGAAGAGAGCCAAAUGAACUUCCACAGACUGAAUUUAUGGUGUCUCCACUGAUUCUGUCUCCAAGUAUUUCUGUUCUGUUUACUGAUACUUAACUAGAGAUGAAAGUUUUCAUUGUUUACAUUCAUGGUGCUUGUAAACAAAUUCUGAAGUAACUGAGUGUUUUACUGUCAGGAAAAAAAAACAGCAAAGGUAGUGUACAUAAAAACAUUUUGUUUGUAACGGAGAAAGCCAGAAGUUGAAGAGUGUUUUACUGAAGGUAAUAUUCAUUCUCUUUCCAUUAUUUAAGAAGGCACUGAUCUCAUCAGAAAGCUAAAUAUGCACAGGUUUUAUGGUAUUUACCUAUGUGUCAUUUUGUUUAGGUUAAAUUAUGAAUAAUGUCAUUGAGAACUGCAGGUUUUCCCCGGACUCUUUCUACUUCUCACCCUAAAAUGUGUUGUUUCUGUUAAAUAAAAUAGAGAGAAAAAGUCAUCUGUGCUUAUCCUUCUGUAUGCUCAUUUAUGAAGUAUUGCAGAUUCACUGACUCUAUUAACUAGGCUUCAAAAUGAGCGCAGUGACACAGGCUCCCCAGUGUCUGUCAGUGGGAUAAUUGCAACAAAAACAUUGCAAAAAUAUUUUUAUGUUAGACUCAUCUUUGCCUCUGCAGACCGGAUCUUUUGUUUCUCAUUGUAUUAUUGUAAAUCAUUUGCUCCAGUAAAGAUGAAAGAUGAAAUAGGAACUGUGACAAACAUUGCUAUCUUGUGUGCUUAAACCCCCUCUUGGUUUAUUUCAUCUACACUGAUCUUCCUCAGUGUUUCCUUUUUAUUUCCAUCUAUGUGGUGAUACCUAGUAUAUAUUCUUUUAUUCCUCUUGUGAGAUUUGUCUGCAUAUCAACAUUACAUUGUACAUGCAAAACUA